AUGGCUUCGUUUAGGGAUCUGCUUAAGAAGCCAUUAAAGAAAAAAGUUUAUUGGGAUGAUCAGCUGCAACAAGAAUUCGAGAAGGCAGGGAGUACUAUAUGUCAGUUAGCCAAAGAAGGCUUGAUAUACCAUGACAAAUCACGGCCAAUGGCUGCAGUGACAGACUGGUGUAGAGCUGUCAUGUACGAAGUCAAGAAGCCAUCUGAAAUUUCUGCUGUCUCCUUGUGUGAAGCCCUCGCUUCGAGCACUGAUUUUGACAGCUGCAAGCAAAACUGGCCAGCAAAAACAGGGUAUGCUGCGGUCAUGGGAGAGGCCCUAGUGGUAGUGUGGUGUCUGAAAAAAGUCAGGCUUUUCUUGUUAGGUUGUCCAAAUUUGACAAUGGUUACGGACCAUUGUCCCUUAGUGAAACUGUUUGGUAACAGGGAGUUAAAAGAUAUUUCUAAUCCCAGAUUAUUUAGGUUAAAGAAAAAGACAUUGCAGUAUCAUUUCAGCAUAAAAUAUUUGCCUGGAAAAAGAAACUCCCGCUAUCCCUCCCUCCGUGCCAAGCCAGAAGACGAAGAUUUGGAACUCAGCGAUGACCUCAUGGUUGCUAUGGUAACGUCCUUGGUGGCAGCGCUUGAGGUGGAGGACGUCGUCGCAAUGGAUCAAGAGACUGUCCUCAGUGCCACUCGACAUGACCCGGUCUACCAGUUACUACUGACAAGAGUUUACAACGUUGAUUGGCCUCAGAAACGGUUAGUGGUGUCAGGUGAACUGAUAACAUAUACCUAUGACCAAGGAUGUGUACGUUUGGUCAUCCCAGAAAGUUUACGGCAGCAGGUAGCGGCUAACAUGCACAGCGGGCAUCAAGGUCUCGACUCUAGUCAAGAAGGGCCCCAGCAUGAACGUUUGAUCAUGAUGCCCCCAGCAGAGUAUCCCUUUCAACAGGUUGUGGUGGACCUCUUCCAGAUCCACGGAUGCACGUACUUGGCUUUUGCUGAUAGGUUGACUGGUUGGGUAGAGGUGGCACAUCUGGCUAAUUGGGCCACAUCAGAACAUCUCAUCAAGAAAUUCAGAGGUAUUUUAUCAGAUGGUAUGCCCCAGAGGAGCUGGCUACCCAUGGUGGAACCAAUUUGUUGA